GGAGCUGGUCAAUUGCAUGAGUCCUACCGUUUUUUCUCAAUAGAAUUAUUGAGCAAAUACCGACGAUUAUACUCUAUAAAUAAAAACCAAGAGAAUAAUCACUCCUUUUUUUAAUCGAAUUCUGAAAUAUGUGCUCGUCAUCGGUAGUGAUAUAUAUUUAAGAAGUGAUGAUUACGAAAUCGUCGCACUCGAAGAGAAACAGGUGACGAGAAUAACGUUCUCUCUCUCGAAGACAGAUUCACGGCAAUUACAGGUUAUACCUUCAAAUACAUAAAUAUCUUUACUGACGAAACACGUAGGAUCCGCGGGUUUUCAAGAGUUUCAAGCAAACAUCAGCUGUUGACAUGGAUGCCAAGGAGAAAAAGAACUUAGCCGAAGGAACUGCGAAUGGAUACAAGAAAGAAGAUGUCAAGGAAAUACAAAUACCGAUGCCAUGGGGCCACGUCAGAGGAAAAUGGUGGGGACCGGCAAAUAAGCAGCCUAUAGUGGCAAUACAUGGCUGGCAGGACAAUUCAGGAACUUUUGACAAGUUGGCACAAUUAUUGUCAAAUAAUAUAGCUAUACUGAGUAUAGAUCUGCCUGGUCACGGCAUUUCUUCUCAUCUACCACUCGGACAGUUCUACUAUCUAUUUUGGGAUGGGGUUCUUACACUACGUAGAAUUGUUAAAUAUUACAAGUGGAACAAGGUUAAACUUCUUGGGCACUCAUUGGGUGGUGCUAUAUCAUUUCUGUAUGCAGCAUCAUAUCCAAAUGAAGUCGAUUUUCUUAUAAGUUUGGAUAUUGCUAGUCCGAGCGUAAGGGAUGUCAAGAAAACAGCUGCAAGCACCGGAGAAUAUAUUGACAGAUUUUUGAAAUAUGAAUUAUUAACAUUGGACAAUGUACCAUCUUAUGAAUAUGACGAAAUGUUGAAAAUAGUAGAAAAAGCAUAUGAUGGAUCUAUAACAAAGGAAGGAGCAGAAAUAUUAAUGAAACGUGGUAUGCAGCCAGCGUAUAAAAAGGACAAAUAUUAUUUUUCUCGUGAUCCAAGAUUAAAGGUUUCCCUUUUAGGUCUAUUAUCUCUAGAUUUAAUACUUGAAUAUGCAUCUCAGAUAAAAUGUGCUUACCUCAACAUCCGUGCUAUUCCUGGAAUGAAAUUGGAACAGCCUGAAAAUUAUCAGAAAAUAUUAGACAUCAUAAAAGUAGGAGCUAGAAAAUUUGAGUAUCAUGAGGUGACAGGCACGCAUCACGUACAUUUGAAUGAGCCUGAAAAAAUUGCGCCUAUAAUCAAGAAUUUUUUACAAAUUUAAUAGUAAUAUUAUUUAGUUAAGUAUAUACAUACUAAUGAAUAUUAU